GCUCGUCGUGGGUGAGGGUGUCUUGGGCGAGCUCGGGGUGGCGGGGCGGGCAGAUCCGGGACUGGAGGCUGAAGCAGGGUCGGAACUGAUGUUUCACUCGGCCUGGCGUCCCGGAGCGCUUUUGGCGAGCUCGACCCAUAGCCACACUGUUUUCAUUUUCCUUCUUCCCUCCCCGCACCCACUUCAGCGUCUCAAGUAGCCCAGAGUGAUCCAGGAUGGCUACUCUGAUCUUUGUGGAUAAGGAUAAUGAAGAACCUGGCAGCCGAUUGGCACCUAAGGAUGGGUUGAAGCUGGGCUCUGGUGUCAAGGCCUUAGAUAGGAAAUUGCAGGUUUCAACUCCUCGAGUUGGCAAAGUGUUCAAUACUCCAGCCUUGCCUAAAGCCAGCAGAAAAGCUUUGGGAACUGUCAACAGAGUUACCGAAAAGCCAGUGAAGCCGAGUAAACCCCUCCAACCUAAACAGCCCACCUUGACUGUGAAGAAGAACACCGAGAAGUCUGCUAAGACACCAGCCUCUGUUCCUGCUCCUGAUGAUGCCUACCCAGAAAUCGAAAAGUUCUUCCCCUUCAAUCCUCUAGACUUUGAGAGUUUUGACCUGCCUGAGGAGCACCAGAUCUCACUUCUCCCCUUGAACGGUGUGCCUCUCAUGAUCCUGGAUGAAGAGAAAGGGCUUGAGAAGCUGCUGCACCUGGACCCCCCCACCCCUCUGAAGACACCCUUUCUACCAUGGGAAUCUGGUCCGCUGCAGUCUCCCAGUGCCCUCUCCACUCAGGAUGUUGAGUUGCCGCCUGUUUGUUACGAUGCAGAUAUUUAAUUAAACUUGUUACUCCUUUAUAGUUUAUGUAUGUUGUAUUAAUAAAGCAUUUGUGCGUAUUCUCAACCAA